AUGAGGCUAAUGAAGGUUGCGACAUUUCUGUUGGUGCUCCUUGCACUAUACGGCACCUUGGUCGUGAACGGCGAUCCGAACACCGACAAUAGGGAGGAAGAUUGUAGUCCGGGCGAGUACUCCGACACGGACCCUUACGGAACCGCCGUGAGUCAGGCGUUUAAUGAAGUAACGACGGUGACACCCAAUACCCAAAACUACGAUCAUAGCACGAGGGUCACAGCCGGGUAUGGCGGCAUCACGGUGUUUGCUCACGGUGUGUGCUGCCGGAAAUUUUGGGGCAUAUCUAACUACGGAUGA